GGAGCCUUGGACCAUGCCGGUGUCUGACCAGGCGUUUGUGACACUGGCCACCAAUGACAUGUACUGCCAGGGGGCCCUGGUCCUGGGGCAGUCCCUGAGGAACCAGAGGGCGACCAGGAAGCUCGUGGUGCUGAUCACUCUGCAGGUGUCCAGCCUGCUCAGGGUUAUCCUGUCGAGGGUGUUUGACGAGGUGAUCGAGGUGAAUCUGAUAGACAGUGCGGAUUACAUCCACCUGGCAUUUCUGAAAAGACCAGAACUUGGAGUCACCCUCACCAAACUUCACUGCUGGACCCUCACCCAUUACACCAAGUGUGUCUUCCUGGAUGCAGACACCCUGGUGCUGUCCAAUAUCGAUGACCUGUUCGAUAGGGGUGAGUUCUCCGCGGCCCCGGAUCCCGGCUGGCCGGAUUGCUUCAACAGCGGGGUGUUUGUCUUCCAACCUUCUCUGGAGACGCAUAGCCUCUUGCUGCAGCACGCCACCGACCACGGCAGCUUUGAUGGGGCAGAUCAAGGCUUACUGAAUAGUUUCUUCAGUAGCUGGUCGACGGCAGACAUCCACAAGCACUUGCCGUUCAUCUAUAAUUUGAGCAGUAACACGGCGUACACCUACAGCCCUGCCUUCAAACAGUUCGGUUCCAGUGCGAAGGUGGUCCACUUUCUGGGGUCCACAAAGCCGUGGAACUACACCUACAAUCCCCAGACGGGCUCAGUUUCAAAGGAGGGCUCCAGCUUAGUCCCCGAGCAGCAGAUGACCUUCCUGAACCUCUGGUGGACCAUCUACCACCAAAGCAUCCUGCCUCUUUAUGGAAGCGUCCACGACGAGGACGAAAGCACGUUCCCAGGACACACGGCUUGCAGCCAUGGCGUGGGCGUGCCGUGUGCAAAUUCAGCUCACAGUGCCGAGGGGCAGUGUGCACAUUCAGUGCCUGGUGCCAGGGAGCCGUGUGCACAUUCAGCGACGGGGUCCAGCCAGUCUUGGAAUGCUGAGGACCCUUUGGAGCCGACUGUGGUCGUGGAUGAGACGCCACCAUCACCCGGAGCAGGCCGUUUGGAAGACAUGGUAGGUUGGCCUGACAUUGAGACGUCCGCUGGAGGCAUGUACAAGCCAUUGUCGCCAACUUCCCCCCAAUUCGCAGACUUCACAGAGACCCCGCCCAGCUCGCAGCCAGUGGAUAAGAGAGAAGGUGGCCCGUCUGAGAAGUCGGUGGAACUAAGCCAGGAGCCCCCUGUGGAUGUCACCAGGGACCCCAGGCCUCAAGAUGCAUUGCAGGUCAACCUGGCUAUCUCCGUUUCCGAGAUUUCCAUAGAGGAAAAGGUCAUGGAGCUGAGCCCUGAGGAAGAGAGGCGGCAGUGGGAAGAGGGUCGCAUCGAUUACAUGGGGAAGGACGCUUUUGCCCGCAUUCAGGAGAAGCUGGACCGGUUUCUGCAGUAGCGUGUGCGUUUCCGUCGCGUGGAGCUCAGCUCUGUGAUGCUGGGUUGUAUGGACAGCCCUCCAGUCCUUCCAAAGGGGAAAAGCCGUUCAACUACGUGCCUCUAUUUAUGCUUAUUUAUGGAUCACCACCUGGAGUGCCUCAGCUUGCAGCCCCCCCGGCUGCUCCACCCACCCACACCUUCUCGACUUCUCUGACAGGUCGCUCCUUCCUCUCACCGUGUCAGCAGAAGGCAGCAGGAAGAAGCUUCUCGUAGACCCUUGAGAACAGCCUUGACAGGUGUCACUGUGUCUAUCCUAUAUGGGGUUGAACGUCACAGCACAUUUUCUUCUGUCCCUAAGCUAACAACUCUAGUAUGAUGUGUUCAGGACCUUGGGGAGCCUCAAGGACCAGGAAAAAUCCUUUCCUUCGGGAAACGCUCAGACAGCGUAAAUGUGCCUCUCUUUUUACACGUUGCGAAGCAUAGCUGAGACGUGACAUGGCUGUCAUUUCUCUUCUGCAAAAACCCAAUAGGACUUCCAACUGCCAUUGACAGACACCCAAUUUGGGGAACGCCACAGGUGUCUGGAAGAAAAAUUCUAGCUGGCGUGGGAAACGGAACCUCUCCUGAACUGCUCGAAGCUGCUGGUUUAACAGAACCAAGGUUGAAUCCGAGUGGCUUCUGGUGACAGCUCGUUCCUAACAGGAUCUGGAGGGGAGGGGCUCUUUUGUUUUGGAGGCGAAACCAUUGGAGGUCCGUUGCACUCGACUUCUCUUCACUGGGUCUCACUACCUCAGUUCUCAAUAGCCAUUGAGUCACUGUGGUCUGAGCCAUUUCAACUCAGCUCUUUUGCAGGGAUGCUGUUUUCUAUGAGAUUGGACACUGCCUUCCAUGAGAAAGCCUCCUCUUCAUUUUGUGAUUGGAUGCAGCACAUUGGGACAUACGUGCUCUUUGUGGCCACCACAAUCAUAAUUAAAAAUGGACAGCAUUGUACCACACAGAACAGAAUGCGAUCUUGUUUUGUUUGUUUAAAGAAAGUUUGAAUGGUGGUUUUAUCAUGCACGUAUGGCAGAAAACCAUGCACGAAUUAGACACAGGUUUGGAAGAAGGUGAGAGGGCUCUGUUAAAAUUCAGUGGCAGUGUUGGGCCACAUUUUCAUUACCUGAAGCAAGUUAGCUUGGCCAGGAGCAUCUGGGUUGAAUUUAUGGCAUUCAGGUGUGGAAUUGGCUUGGGCAAGAUAUGUCUUAGGGACGUGUUAUUUCUCGUUACAUCCAGGUGGUUGAUGAUCUGACGUCUUGGUUGGUGUCUCACACACAUAUGCCCCUGCAGGGGUUCCCUGAAAAUAGCGAUGGGGACAUAGCCGCUGGUGGGUCAGGUGGGGUGGUGGUGGACCAUCAGAGGAAAGCCAAAAAUUUGUGGCAGACAAAGAACAUUGGUGUUCUGUGCUCUGGGGUUGGGCGAUGAAACCAGACGCCUGAGACUGGCAUCCUUGAGAGGGAAGGACCCCAGAUGAUAAAUAUUUGAGUCUGGUUCAGCCUCUCAGGGGGAGAACAUUUGUGUGUAUGGGCAGUGGGUCACUGGCUGAAGGUACACAUCCAACAUGGACACCUGUGGUACUUUGCAGUGUCUGUCGUCACCUUUGGAUGGACGCUGACGCAUUUGAAUUAAAAUUUUACAA